AUGAUGCAAAGCGCAGCCGUUCUGACAGAGACUCCCGGGAAGGGGCUGCCGGACAUACUUGGAGUGCCAAUGCAGCAGAUCCCUCAAUGUGCAGGCUGCAACCAGCAUAUCCUCGACAAAAUUAUUCUGAAGGUUUUGGACCGGCAUUGGCACGCUAAAUGUUUGAAAUGCACCGAAUGUCAGGGACCGCUGGCAGAUAAGUGUUUCUCGCGGAUGGGAAAUAUCUACUGCAAAGAAGAUUUCUUCAAACGUUUUGGAACAAAGUGUGCCUCAUGCCAACAGGGCAUUCCCCCUACACAGGUGGUAAGGAAAGCCCAAGAUUUUGUGUACCACUUGCACUGCUUUUCCUGUGUAAUCUGUAGCCGACAGUUGGCCACUGGUGAUGAAUUCUAUCUCAUGGAAGAUGGCAGACUGGUGUGCAAAGAAGACUAUGAGACGGCAAAACAAAAUGAUGACUCGGAAGCAGGAGCAAAACGCCCGCGGACAACUAUCACAGCCAAACAGUUAGAAACCCUGAAAAGUGCUUACAAGAAUUCCCCAAAACCAGCAAGACAUGUACGUGAACAGCUGUCCUCUGAGACGGGAUUGGACAUGAGAGUGGUACAGGUUUGGUUUCAGAACCGCCGAGCAAAAGAAAAACGCCUGAAGAAGGAUGCGGGCCGCCACCGCUGGGGUCAAUAUUAUAAAAGUGUCAAACGCAGCAGAGGGACAAGCAAAAUAGAAAAAGAGAGUUCAGCUGAGGAUGUGGGUUUGAGUGACAGUGAAAUCAGCUUCAGAGAUGAUCAAAUCUUGGCAGACUUGGGCCACACUAACAGUAUCUAUGCCAGUGUUGGUGAUGCGGCAAAUGGGGGUAUUUUGAAUGGAAGAUUCACAUUAGAUGGUACUGGGCAGCCUUAUCAUGACGUACGAGCCAGUAGCCCCUAUGGGCUCCCCCAUUCUCCAUCCUCCAUAAGCUCACUGCCAGGCCAUACCCCACUACUAAGUAGCCUGAGCUUCUCCAUGGACAAUAUCAUGACACAGGCUGGCCAAGCUGGUGUUGGGCAAGCUCUGAGAGUCAUGGCUGGUGGCCCAACCUCUGACCUUUCUACAGGGAGCAGCACAGGCUACCCAGACUUUCCAACUAGUCCUGCCUCCUGGUUGGAUGAAAUGGACCACUCUCAAUUCUGAAUUGUUGAAGCAAUGCUGCUGAUAAGUUCCAAAUAAUGAACAGUUAUGGACUUGAUAUUAAUGUUUCCCCUGGAAAUCAUAUUUUUUCAGUAAUGAGGACAAGGGAUUAUGUUAAAACUAUUCAACAGAAGAAAACCUGAGGCAGCAGCAAAGUGAAGUAACCCUCUUUCUGGAGAGAUUCAGGACAAGGAUGGACAUUUUAAUUUGAAACGUGUUAUAGAGAAUCAAUGGAGAAUAUCCCUGUUAAGACUAUGGAUUUUGUGUUACCAUCAUUUCUUCAAAGUUUGGUUGAAUAUCCACCUAGUAUUUCCAGCAAGGCAUUACAAUACUCUCCCCAACACAAAGUAAGUAGAACACAAUCAAACAGAGAAUCCUUUAAAAGGUAUUCCCUCAUGUCUCUGAUUGCAGAAGGGUUAGUUCUAAUACAACUGCAUUCAUUGACAAUGCACUUUAAAUGUGUUGUCUCCAGCUCACUACAGGACUAAUGCACAAUGUGGUCCAACACUCUUUAAGUAAUCAGGUGUUGAGUAUGAAGAAAAUAACAGUGAAAAAAGGGAAUGGACGUUUAUAAUCAUGACAGAGCAGUUAAAACACUUUAAACAGUGGUGUGAUUUGAUGUCUUUGAGAAGCGUUAUCAUCAGCAUGUCUGUGUGGAUGUGAUUUGAUGACAUUGAAAACUGAAGAAAAAAUCUUCACACAGAAUGGAUUUAAAAUAUAAAUGAGUGUUUUCAUGAAAUCAACACAAGCAAUCAUUGACAAAAACCUGCAUUGAUCAAAAAAACCUGUUUAUACAAAUUUGUGUUGGCCAUUAUGAUAUGGGUCAAUAACAUGACAUCGAUGCACCAAUAACCACAAUGUCUGUAGGUGUUCCAAUUAAAAUGGUCACUCAAGUGAAAAAAGCCACACAUUUAAUUUUUUGGAAAUUACCAUUGGCAUGACCAAUGAAAGGCUACUGUAGCCACGUUUAACAGCUAAAAUCCUUUCAAAAAGUGUAGAAUAUUAACAUUACAUUAUCCAUUAA